GCGAUGGACGUCAGCAGGCUUUGGACUCGUACGCGGUCGCAGCUCGCGGCCUACUACGGCGCGAUGACCGCCAGCGACUUCACCAACUCGACGGAUCACUUCUUCGGGCUGGACGCGAUGCUGGCGAUCGCCGGAGCACGGCUCAACUCGACAAACGUCCGAAUCAGACGCGUGUGGAACGUUUACCGCGUGGUGAUUUAUUUGCCGAUUUUGGUGGUCGCUUGGAACCUGUACCUGAACUUCCACCGCCAGGCCGAGCUGGACAAAGUGCUGAGUUGCUUGCAGGCGCUAGUGGCGACCGUUUCGCUGGCAGUACGGACCUGGAUCAUUCUUUGGUACUACGAACCGUUGAUGGCGGUUCAACGGUACGUGAAUCGACGGAGGUUUGGAGGGCAUCUCCUGCGAUCGUACGAUAUUCGCAGUGAGGCUUUCUACCAGAUUCGAAAAACAGUGAUUCCGGCUACUUUGUUUAUUAUGGGCAUUGUUGCCAGUUUUCUGCUUGUUGACUUGUCAAAUCAUCACUACCUGAGGUUGCCGUUCGAUUUCAGUGAAACGUUUCCGGUUUUGCAAACUCUCUGUGAAAAGAUGUUUUGUUUGACAUUUAACGGCAUUGGGAUGCGAACGGUGCUUGUUUACCUGGUUGUUUACAUGAUUCUGACAGGACUGGAGAGUGAGGUUAAUGUGAUAUCAGCGAUGGUUGCGGACAUUUUCGAUUCCGUCGAAAGGCGCGUCCACAGCAAGCUGGCAUCGGAGCCCGGAAGCUCUCAACGGCAAGAAUUGGUGAGAAAGGCCUACUUCUGGAAGUUUGCCGAGGAAGAGUUUGGCGAUUGCAUCGAGCUUGUUGGCGAGUUUUUCGCGAUCAAGAACCAGGUGCGAUCGUUUCUGAACGCCAUCUUCCUGAUCGUGUACUACUCGAACGUGCUGUGCCUGUCCAGCGGAGCAGUCUACUUGACGCAGAUGAAAGCGGUCACGAUGUUUUCGCUGGAAGCGCUCGGCUAUUGCCUGUGGGUCGCCAUUGAAUGCUUCUCCUUGACCAAGUGCGUGAGCCUGUUGACCGAAGCGAACGAAUCCAUCGCCGAGGAAGUGUACAGCCUGGAUUGGCCUAAUAAACUCACGUUUGAGGAUCGAUUCCAGGUUCGGUACCGCUCCGUUCGAACGAUCAUGCUGAACAUGAUGGCGGUGGCGCAGCAACCCUUGCGUUUGAACUGCUUCGGCUUCUUUGAGUUCACCCAGGAACGCUUCUACGAGCUGCUCAACUUGGCCUACUCGGUUUUUACUUUCUUUAAAGACUUUGUGUAAGCGGUGAUCGAAUUUAAGUUAGGACGUUUAGAUUUAAUGAUUUGUUUAAUCGAUGUAUGUAAACAUAACAAAAAUUCACUAACUUGGAAAUGCACCGUUCUAAGCUCUCGCGUAAUAGAUUAUACAAAAUAACCAAACUGCAACAUCGCAUAAAGCUAGCAAGCUCCUUUGAUCAAGCUUGGUUCUGUCACUCUUGAAAAACUGAGUGACAGUUCUAAUUACGCAAAAAAAAAUAAACGUUCGUGUUCUUUUGCUUCGAAAUCUGCAAUGGGAAACAGCCAUAUGAUCCAUAGUACAAUAUGAUGGACGUGCGUCACGAUGCGGUGAAAUGUGAACUGUUUGAAUAAUUUAGAUAAAGACAGGCGUGACACUUUGACCGGGAACCCUGGCUUUUCCCGGAGCACUCUGACGACUAGGGUGUGACGGUGCAAAACAGGUAGAAAACUUUUGCCAAAUUACAGUAUGCCAUGGGAAUGCCAUUGACAGUAGAGCAAUUCUUUACGAAGCAGGUCUUUUUCCAAUUUUAUUUUUUUUUAAUCCGGCUGAAUC